AUGGCCCGCACGAAGCAAACCGCUCGAAAGUCCACCGGAGGCAAGGCCCCCCGUCGGCAGUUGGCCACCAAGGCGGCCCGAGCUGCUGCCCCUCGGCAAGGAGGUGUCAAGAAGCCCCACCGUUACCGCCCUGGAACUGUUGCUAUCCGUGAGAUCCGUCGCUACCAAAAGAGCACUGACCUCCUCAUCCGCAAGCUUCCCUUCCAACGUCUUGUGCGUGAGAUUGCCCAAGAUUACAAGUCCGAUAUUCGAUUCCAAGAAUCGGCGCUUCUGGCUCUCCAGGAAUCUGCCGAAGCCUACAUGAUUGGAAUGUUUGAAGAUGCCAAUCUCUGUGCCAUCCAUGCCAAGCGUGUGACUAUCAUGCCGAAGGAUAUCCAGUUGGCGCGCAAAAUCCGUGGAGAGCGAAGCUAG